GGGAGACACGCUUUGCUAGCGGUUAGCAUCACUGUGGGUCCAGAAGGUGUCAUCUCGAGCCAGAGAGGGCCGAAUCCCCACGUCUUGAGUCUAUACGCGGCCAGUAGAAUCAAUCCCGGGUGGCUUUUCGGAGAAGUGCUGGUGUCGCACCAAUCGAAAAGCAUCGGUGGUCAUCCGAUCACGCAUUCUGCUUGCCUGUAUCUGAUCCUGGCCUUCAUGCCGGGCAAUUCCUCCAAACCGUGGCGUGUGGAGCUGCACGCGCUCCCGGCUCUUGGCAUUGCUUGAGAUUGCAGUUUUGAUGUGUCACGGAUCAUGGAGGGCUAUGAAUAUCUCGACGCAAAUGGAUGUCGUGAUAUGAAGUCGUCGUUACGCAAGCCAACACACAGUGUCUUACCCUAUAAAUCAUGAUGGAAAUCUCCCCGGAAUAUGCCGAUCGGAAGGCAGGCAAACAGGAUGGCACCCAGCGAUAUGCAGAUAUCGACGUCGGAGGAGGCCGUGUCGGCGGACACGGACCUCAAGGCGCAAGACUCCCUUCGCGCCGAGGAGUCCCAUGUGCUGCAGGAGCGAAACAUCGGGGUUUUCGGGGCCAUAUCUUUGGUCGUGAACAAGAUUGUUGGAGCUGGAAUAUUUUCUACGCCCGCUACCAUUUUCAAACUCAGCGGUAGUGUGGGUAUGGCCCUGAUCAUUUGGGUCAUUGCCGGUCUGAUAUCAACAUGCGGUGCUCUCGUGAUGUUGGAGCUCGGCACUCGUAUGCCGCGAUCCGGCGGCAUGAAGGUCUACCUGGAGGCUGCGUUUGCGCCUAAGCUGCUGAUCACCUGUAUCUACUUGUUCUACUGCGUCUUCCUGCAGGUCUCCGCAAGCAACGCGAUUACAACCUCCAGCUACUUGCUCCAGGCUGCCGGGGUUGACUCGACCACCUGGCGAUUGCGUGGACUGGCCAUCGCCGCAUCGGCUUUUGCGGUUGGCAUUCAUACAGUAUGGCCUCGAGGUGGCAAAGCUCUGCAGGACCUCCUGAGCCUGGUCAAGCUGGUCAUCUUGCUGUUCAUUGUUUGCACUGGAUUCGCCGCCCUGGCAGGCCAUGUGCCUGACACUCACAACUUCGACAUCUCGACUUCCUUCCGCGGCACAUCAAAUGAUGGCUACAGCAUCGGAACAGCAUUACUAAAUGCCAUCUUUGCCUUUCACGGCUACGAUAAUGUGAACACGGUUCUAUCAGAAGUUCGAAACCCCCACAAAACACUUCGGAUUGCCUUACCCGCCGCCAUGGGGCUCAUCACAGUGCUGUAUAUUCUGGCCAACAUUGCAUACUUUGCCGCUGUGCCCAGGGACGAGUUCCUUCAUAGCGAGGUCACCAUUGCUGCCAACCUAUUUUCCAACGUAUUUGGUCAAUCUGCUGCAGUCAAGGCGCUGCCAGCAUUGGUAGCUAUCUCUGCCUUGGGGCAUCUCUUGGGGAUAGCCUUCACUGUUCCUCGAGUGAUCCAGGAGUUGGGUAAGGAUGGCAUUGCCCCUUUCCCCAACAUUGUCAUGCAGAACAGACCAUUCCGAACGCCGAUUGUGGCACUCCUUAUCCACCUUGGAGUGACGAUUCUGUUCACAUGCGCCCCGCCUGCCGGGGAUGCUUUCAACUUUGUCGUGAAACUAUCUUCGUACCCCACGACAGUGCUUUUGACCGCCACCACGAUUGGUCUUAUCAAAUUGCGCUUUUCCAAGACUCCAGAAUACAACCAGCCAACUUUCAGAGCACCGUGGCCUAUCAUUCUCUUCUACCUCGCGGGUAGCAUAUUUCUGGUUAUUAUGCCCUUCAUUCCCCCGCAGGGAGACAGCGAGACAUCGAAUCUUCCAUAUUGGCUCUCCCCGGUUGUGGCACUUGGCAUUCUUGGCUUGGGUUUCAUCUAUUAUGUCGUGCCUUUCGUCCUGAUGCCGCUCUUGUUUGGGUACAAGCUACGCCCGACCGCAGUUGAGCUGAGCGAUGGUUCACAUGUUACUCGGUAUAGAAGAAAGACGGACUGAAAACUGUGCAAUGGUAGGGAAUAUGUAGAUGGCCU